GGGAGCUGCAGGCAUAAAAAGGAGACGCCGUGCAGGUGCAGUGCAGGGGGAGCGCGUGACGAGCCAUCACUCCAUCGCCAUGGAGCAGCUCUGCCUCUGCCCCCCGCGCCAGCAAUAAUAUCAUACUCCCCACCAGCCGCGCCUGCCGGCCGUUGCCACACCAAACUCCCCUGCUGUAGCCAGCUCGCCGAUGCCCGUCGCUGGACAUGGGCAAGAAGGGCGCCUCGUCCUGGCUCACCGCCGUCAAGCGGGCCUUCCGCUCGCCCUCUAAGGACGCCGACAGCACCUCGCCCGCAAGGAAGGCCUCGCGCCUCCGCGACGACGCACCCGCCCCCGCUGCCGACGCCGACGACGACAAGGGCAAGCGGGAGCGCAGGAGAUGGCUGUUCCGGAGAUCCUCGUCGCCGUCCCCGUCGCCAGCACCACCUCCCGCGCCGGACCACCCGCACCCGCACACGCGUCCACACUCCCAGCCCGGGGCGGCGGCCCCGGCCGUGACGGAUGAGCAGCGGCACGCCAUCGCGCUGGCCGUGGCGACGGCGGCGACAGCCGAGGCCGCGGUCGCCACGGCGCAGGCGGCGGCGGAGGUGGUCCGCCUCACCCGCCCCGGCACCAACCACGGCGGCGGAUUCGUCCGCGAGCACUACGCCGCCGUCGCCAUCCAGACCGCGUUCCGGGGGUACCUCGCCCGCCGCGCGCUGCGGGCGCUCAGGGGCCUCGUCAAGCUGCAGGCGCUGGUGCGGGGGCACAACGUCCGCAAGCAGGCCAACAUGACGCUCCGCUGCAUGCAGGCGCUGGUGCGCGUCCAGGCGCGCGUCCGGGACCAGCGGAUGCGGCUCUCCCAGGACUCCAUGUCGCUGUCCAUGUCCGCCGCCGCCGCGGCCGCCGGUGCCGCGCCGUGCGGCAGCAGCAAGUCGUCGUACAGCGUCGACACAUCCACCUUCUGGGACUCCAAGUACACGCACGACUACGCCGACCGCCGAUCCGUAGAGCGGUCGCGCGACGGCAGCAGCUUCGCCGCCGACGACUGGGACGACCGGCCGCGGACGAUAGAGGAGAUCCAGGCCUUGCUGCAGACCAGGAAGGACGCCGCGCUCAAGCGCGAGAGGGCGCUCUCCUACGCCUUCUCGCACCAGCUGUGGCGGAACCCGGCGCCGGCUGCGGAGGAGAUGGACGUGGACGGGCAGCCGCGGUGGGCGGAGCGUUGGAUGGCGUCGCGCGCGUCCUUCGACACGAGCCGGAGCACCAUCCGCGGCGCCGCCGGCGCGGCCCCCGGUCGCGCGUCCAUGGACCACCGUGAGCCCGUGAAGACGCUGGAGAUCGACACGGCGCGGCCCUUGUCCUACUCCACGCCGCGGCGGCAGGCGCCGUCGUCCUCGCCGAUGCACCGCGCCCACCACGGGCACGGGCACUCGCCGGUGACGCCGUCGCCGGGGAAGGCGCGGCCGCCGAUCCAGGUGCGGUCAGCGAGCCCGCGCGUGGACCGCGGCGGCGGCGGCGGGGGAAGCUACACGCCGAGCCUGCACUCGCAGCGGCACGCGGCGGCGGGGGUGCCCAACUACAUGGCGGCGACGGAGUCGGCCAAGGCGCGGGUGCGGUCGCAGAGCGCGCCGCGGCAGCGGCCCGCGACGCCCGAGCGCGACCGGCUAUCCUCCGGAGGAGGCGGCGGCGGAGGCUUCGGGUUCGGGUUCGGCGCGUCGGCGGGGGCAAAGAAGCGGCUGUCGUUCCCGGCGUUGCCGGCCCAGCAGGCGGCGGCGGUGGAGGCGUACGCGCAGUCGCUGCGGAGCCCGAGCUUCAAGAGCGCGGCGGGGCGGUUCUCGUCGGAGCAGCGGUCGACCGUGUCGUCGUCGUGCGCGGAGAGCCUCGGCGGGGACGUGGUGGUGUCGCCGUCGUCCACCACCGACCUCCGCCGCUGGCUCCGGUGAACUCGCCGGCGGCGAUGCAGCCGCCUCGCCCGUUGUAAUCCCUCCUUGCCCUGUCAGACACUGAGACACGACCACGUGCUCCUGUAUCUCUCUCUCCCUCGGUGUAAUCCAUGGCAGCUUUUUUUGAGCAAGCGAGCGAGGCGAGGGAGUGUGCCACUGUCA